GGGCGGGAGAGGGGUGUGCGUGCGCUCGCGAUGAGGUGCUGCGCGAGGUGAGACCGUUGGUCACCGCGAGCGGCUCGAGCGGCAUCGACUGGCGGGAGCGUGAGGUGAAGGGCAGUUCGAGCGGAGGCGUCAGGUGGCUUGAGAGCUCGCGACCCCCCCCCCACCCCCUCACCCCACCCCGGGCCCAUGGAGAGCAACAGCAGCGUCGUGCUGGCCUCCGCCAGGCUGGCCGUGCACUACGUGGACUCGCUGCUGCCCGGCAACCCGCUGCAGGAGCCCCUCAGGGGCGCCUGGAACCUCAUGCUGGAGCGCUUCACCAAGUUCCAGAUCGCCACCUGGGGCUCGCUGCUCGUCCACCAGCUCGUCUACUUCAGCUUCUGCCUCCCCGGCUUCGUCUUCCAGUUCAUCCCGGCCGUGCAGAAGUACAAGAUCCAAUCGGACAAGCCGGAGACGAUCGAAAAACAGUGGAAAUGCUUCAAGGUGCUGCUGUUCAACCACUUCUUCAUCCAGCUGCCCCUGAUCUGCGGCACCUACUAUUUCACAGAGUUCUUUAACAUUCCGUACGACUGGGACAGUAUGCCACGAUGGCAGAUCAUUGCCGCACAAUGUCUGGGAUGUGCUGUGGUUGAGGAUACGUGGCACUACUUUCUACACAGGCUGUUGCACCAUAAGAGAAUCUACAAAUACAUUCACAAAGUUCACCAUGAGUUUACGGCCCCGUUCAGCAUGCAGGCUGAAUAUGCCCACCCAGCAGAGACCCUGAUCCUUGGGAUGGGAUUUUUCAUUGGCAUCAUGCUUUUCUGCAACCAUGUAAUCCUUCUGUGGGCUUGGGUGACCUUUCGUCUACUGGAGACAAUAGAUGUCCACAGUGGUUACGACAUCCCCUUGAAUCCUCUGCAUCUGAUUCCAUUCUACGGUGGCGCCCGUUUCCACGACUUCCAUCACAUGAACUUCAUUGGAAACUACUCAUCCACCUUCACUUGGUGGGACAAGCUGUUCGGAACCGACUCACAGUACCGUGUAUAUCACGAUAAAAUGAAGGAGACAGAAGUGAAGAAGAGCAAAUAGAUCAACAGCACUGAUCAGAUUAAGCCGAGAAAACUUUACACUGAACUCUUCUUAAAAAUAAUAAAGAAAUUCAGAAAUGUAAUGAACAGCAGAAUUGUUUCACCAACUGCAGCUCUUAAUGAUUCCCGCUUAGGGUUUACUUGGGCUACAGUCGUUUAAAGGAGAUCAAUUCUAAACACCAUUGAAAAGCAAACGAGUCUGAGAGAAUGAAACACUGCUGCUGUACACCACCUGUGUAAAUAAGAUUUAAUAAUUUGUUUUAAUAAUCUGCAUAUUGUAUUUACUGUAUCAAAUGUACACACAAUUGCUCAUUUGCUUUUAAAUUGUAAUAAUUUAAAAAAUACUCCUGAGGUCUUCUUUGUUGUCAAAGGCGCAUUUUAUGCCAAAUAUUUGCUUUGUGCUUUUUUUCUUUUCUUUGGGUCAUGUACUUCCACAAUGUGUUGCAAAAAUCAAUGAAUUUGCCAGGAUGCCUCCUAACAUGUUCUUAUGCACUGUAAUAUACAAAUAAGAGCUGUCUUAGGAGAAUAAACGAGUGGCUUCAAAAGAUAGUGUUUUAUCUCAAAUGUCCAAAGGAUUAUAUCUUGGUUACCAUUCUAAAACCCCAGAAUAGUAUUUAAUUUAGCCCAAUAACAUUUCCAGUCCUGCCUUUGGCUAGAAUCAUUUACCAGCACUUUACCUGCACUGUUAAUCAGAAUCACUGAGGAUAAAAAUUGACAGGAUAUUGGAUUGUUAAAGGAAUUAUAGGUCUCACACUUUCCAGGAAUUCAAUGGAAUUGUCUCACAGACGGUUGUGUCUGUCAGUCUGUCUUAGCUCUGCUUUACUUAUCACAGGGUGAAAUAACCUGUUAAGGUUCGCCCAGUGUUAAACCAAGCGUGGAACCACUUUUGCAAAGUGGAUGAGAUUUGGGAGAGUUGCAAAUUUCUCAUUUUCUUCACAGUUAAACUGUCCUGGAUAACUCCAACCACAGCAGGAAGCUUAUACAGGGAAGAAGUGAGGAAUCCUGGCCCACGUGUAGAGUGGCACCACGUUGAUCGUGAGUUCUUGCUCCGCGUGUGAAGAUUCCCCAACAAAAGUGAUUUUUCUUUCAGCUGAAGAAAUUACACAAUACAAAAUGACAUUUGUAUAGCGCCUUUCACGUCGGGAGGAUGUCCCAAGGCGCCGGGCAGUCAGGGAAACAAAGAAUGGAUUAAAAUCUACGUUAAGCAUCAAUGAAAAAAAUUUACCGUUUCGAGGUUGAAUGCAGUAGCAUUGGUGGCACAGCAGAUGUAAUCUUAAAAUAGCCGCGGGGAGUUUUCACAUCAAUCUGAGACCCGCUGCUAGUGUUCUCUAUGCAUCCUACUGUUCUCUGUGAUUCCAUUCGAGGGCUAACUGACAGCAGUAAAGUCUAUUACAGGUGCCACCGUUUCCUGAGUUAUCUGCAUGUCACCAAAAGAUUCACUCGUGAAUUCUUGCUGAUCAUCAGCCAUCCAUACCUACCACUUAUUAUUGCUGCCGUCUGUACUUGUCUCGGCAUUCUUUGGUUGAUAAUUCUGUCACAUGUUCUUACUCUUAUGAUUAAAGGAAACUGAAAACUU